CCUUACUUUUCUUUCAAAUAAUUUAAAAAGCAAGGACCUAACAGACAAAAGAUCAAGGCACUACACCAAUAAAAACUUUGUUGUUAUUAAAAGGAAAGUGACAAAUGGACCAGACACAUUGAUGAAGAAUCCUUCACUUAAACCUUCCUCUCCUUUAUACACACACCUUCAGAAUUUUCCCUCUUUCUCUUCACACCAUUUCCUUCCUCUAACACUAGUCAUGUUUGAUCAAAGAAAACAAACUCCCAAUAUCCAUAACCAUAUUCUUGACCCUGUCACAACCUCAAAUGACAAUUAUGACAGUUGGGAACCUCACAAUUUUGAUUUCCAAGUAACAAAAAAACUUGGGAAUCAAUUUAGAUUUCAAAAAUUGGAAGAUCAUGAAGAUGAUGGUGCUGAUGAAUCUGGUGCAUCUUCACCAUCUUUAUGGCAAAAUAGCCCACCAAGAAGUCCAGUACAUCCUAUAAUUAAUUAUCGUUCACUUUCGCCGAGUUCUAGAACUCAAGCUAUAGCCAGAGGCCAAUGGGAACUCAUGGAAAUGGUUAAGAAUAUGCCUGAAUCUUGUUUUGAGCUUUCUUUAAAAGAUAUUGUUGAGCAGCCUAAAGCCUUAGAAUCUCAAGAAAAAUGUUUAAUCAAUAGGGAGAAAAACCAAGUUGUGCAGAACAGAGUUAAUAUUAAGAAGAAUGAUCAGAUUAGGAAAGCAAAGUUGAUGAGAAGUAAAAGUGUUGAGAAUGGAGGGUUAUUUCUUAAGAUGGUUUCACCUGUUUCUUUGAGAUCAAAUAAGAAAAAGAAGAAGAAGAAUUCAUCAGCAAAUACAAAUAGAAUUUCCCCUAAGCCUGAAGAUCAAUGUGAAAACUCAUCAAAGAGUUUGGAAAAAGAUUGGUGGAAGAAGAGAUUUUCAGGUUCAAGUAGUGGUAGUAGCAACAAUAGUGGAAGCACUGGCAGCAGUUCUAGCAGCAGCAAUAGUACUAAUAGCAGAAACAACAGCAACAGGAAUGGGAAAGGGUUUUUAAGCAGUUGUUGGUGAAGUUUAUGCUUCAGUGAAAGCAUAUCGGCAGGCUGAGAACAAACAAAACAUGCCUUAGGUUGGGUUUUUAUGCCGCCUAUUACCUAUAUAUAUGUGUGUCCUACACAUAUAAUCGUUUUCCAAGCCUUAUAGAACGUUAUAAUAAUGAUUUGUAUGUAUAGUUUUGUGGUAGACUAUAAAAAUAUAUUCUUGGCAAAGUUUUUGAAUUUCCCCUUGAA